AUGGACGACGAUGGUUUGGUGCUCUACGCGGUCUUCGAAGAAGACGAGGCUGAGCUCCGUGCAGCCCAUGCUGAAGGCGUGGCGCUGCAGGCUGCGGAUGCCAGAGGUUGGACCCCGGUGCUUCACGCCGCCUUCGCCGGCAAAGUCCAGUCCCUGAGGAUUUUGAUAGAGCUUUUGGGCCUGGCAGCUCUGGACGCCCGCACCCCCGAUGGGAGCUCAGCGAUUCACUUGGCUGCCACUGAGGGUCACACGGAAUGCUUAGAGGCGUUGGCAGCUUCGGGGGCGGAUCUGAAAGCAGCCGACUCCAGCGGCUGGACGGCAGCGCACGCUGCAGCGGCAGCCGGCCAGAUUCGAUCCUUUAAGGUUUUGAGUGGCCUUGGCCUCGACUUGAGCUGCCAGACCCUGGAGGGCUGGACCCCGGCGCAUUGCGCGGCGAUGAGUGGAGCAUCCGCGUCCAUGCAGAAGCUCUGGGAUCUGGGGGCCAAGCUGGACGAAGUGGACCUGGAGGGGGAGACGCCUGCACAUAAAGCAGCUGCAGCUGGACAUGAGGAGUGCUUGCGCGAGCUUCACCAACUCGGUGUUCCGGUCAAUGCUCUUGACCAGAAUGGCCGCACUCCAGCACACUUUGCCGCUGCGGAGGGGGAGCUUGCCUGCCUGAGAUGCCUUCAUGAGCUGGGUGUCAGGCUAGACGCAGAAGAUGCCAUGGGCGAGUCCCCAUUGGAUAAGGCAGACAUAGAAGAGCAAGCGGAAUGUGUGCAGUUUCUACAAGAUCUUCUGAAUCUAGAGCGCGUCCCGAACUGA